AUGCUCAUAGACUCCUUCGGUAAGAACCCUGAUGCUCGGCGUUCGAGACAAACUCGAUGCGUCAUCAUCGGGGCUGGGGUAUCUGGAAUUCUCAUGGCGUAUAAGUUGAAAACAUACCUUCAAGAUAAUGUAGAGUUCUGCAUCCUUGAGAAGAACUCGGACUUGGGAGGCACGUGGUUCGAAAAUCGCUAUCCAGGAUGUGCCUGCGAUGUGCCUAGUCACGUGUACCAAUACUCAUUCGCACCCAAUUCGCAGUGGUCGAAAUUCUAUGCAGACUCACCUGAGAUUCAGCAGUAUCUCAAAGAUGUUUGCCAUCACUACGGUCUUGCAAGAUACAUCACCUAUAACUCCGAGGUAACAGACGCUCGCUGGAAUGAAGAGGAUGGCACUUGGUCGGUUAAAGUUGGCAGGGUCUCGACAAGGGUUUUCUAUUGCGAGAUUCUGGUGAAUGCUGGUGGAAUCCUCAAUAAUUACAAAAUGCCCGCGGUCCCUGGCUUGUCAGAUUUCGAUGGACCUAUUUUGCAUACUGCAAACUGGGAUGAUUCAGUCGACCUGAGAGACAAGCGAGUGGCAAUCAUUGGUGCAGGAGCCAGCGCGGUACAGGUACUUCCAGCGAUCCAGCCGACUUGCCAAUCUGUCGACAUCUAUAUUCGAACACCAUCAUGGAUCUGUCCCCCCGUCGGCCUUCCUCCCGGCACACUUGAUAACCCGGUAUACACAAAGGAUGAAAUGCGUCGGCUUCGAGAAGAUUCAUCCCAUUCUCUGUCCAUGCGAAAGGAUAUGGAGGACGGCUUCAACAGCAUGUUCUCGGCCUUUCGAAAAGGAACGCCAGAGCAGGAAAACAUGCGCCAGACAUAUGAUGCCUACAUGCGAGAGCUCAUCAAGAGCCCAGACCUGCAAGCACAAUUGAUACCGUCUUUCGAGGUUGGUUGUCGUCGCAUCAAUCCAUCGGCUCCAUACCUGGUUGCCCUGCAGAGGCCCAACGUGCAUCCGAGGUUUGGCAACAUUGUAAAGAUUCAGCGUGAGGGAAUAGUAGCCGCAGGGGCGGACCGUGUAGAAGGUAAGGAGGAGUUGCGUGCAGUUGAUAUCAUCAUUGCCGCUACUGGAUUUGAUACAAGCUUCCGACCUCGCUUCCCGAUCAUUGGUAGAAAGGGAACCAACUUGCAGAGCUUGUGGGAGUCGAGACCUGUAUCCUACAUGGGGACUGGAGUUGCAGGGUUCCCCAACUAUCUCACAUUCCUUGGGCCCAACACGCCGAUAUCAAAUGGAGGGCUUAUGGGGGUUCUCGAAGCCACAAGUGACUAUUUCAUCCGACUGAUCAGCAAAUUUUGUCGAGAAGAUGUCAAGGCUUUUGACGUUACUCAGGAAGCGCAAAAUGACUUCUCAAUCCACACACAGAACUAUAUGAAAGAGAUGGUCUGGAGCGGAGCUUGUCGUAGUUGGUUCAAAUCGGAAGUGGACGGCCACAUUACGGCGCUAUGGCCCGGUAGCUCUCUACACUACAUCCAGACUCUUGCAGAGGACAGAUUUAGUGACUAUUCUUGGACAUACCGUCGGAAUAGAUUUGACUAUUGGCAGAAUGGAUUUUCUUGGAUCGAGCAGCCUGAAUCCGAUCCCCUUGGCCUGGCCAUCGUCAAGGCUCGCUGCGAAAUGGCAACUUUGCCACGCGAGGGCGCAGAUUGGAGUUUCUGGUUGACUGAAGCCGAGGCCCUGCCCAUGAGCAAGAAUGAUUCUGGGGAAGUCGAGGAGCCCGACAGAAGGAAAGAGAUUGUGUAUGCCGUAGUCUAG